AUGAUAUUCUUCAAUUCAUUAACAAAAAAAGGAAAAUAUUUUGGAAGAAAGAAAAUCUUGGCAACAAAUUUAAAUCAAAGUUAAAAGAGCUUAAAUACUAUUGCUUCCAACCUUCGAGGAGGAGGAUGUGGAGUAUCAAAAACAAAAAAUCAAAUAAGCGAAGCAAUUUUACUACUUCCUAGAAACUAUUAUUAGAAAAUGAAAUAAAAUUGUAAUGUCCUCUUAGAAAAGAGUGAGUAGCUUUUAGAUAAUUUUUCAAGAAAUGAAAUAAUGAUGUCAUUAUAAUGGUUUCAACAUAAUCGUCAUUGGAUUUGUGAAAUUUGUAAGAAUGACAAUUUGAUUGUGAAACUUUUUGAUUCAGCUCAAAAUAGUUUUAAAUAACUUCUAUCUGUCGUAUAAGUUUAUUUAAAGGGAUCAGGAUGCAUUUGUUAUUUUGUUUUAGAGGUUUGUAAUGAUUUAUUAUUGAUCAUUUAUACCUAUUUGUUAAAUAAUGAUAAUCGUUUUAUAUCUGUUGGAUUACAUAGUGAAUUGUUGGAAAUAGUGGAUUAAAUUAAAUAAGAUCUAGAAGUGCAUAAAAAUUUUUGGACAAAUGGGUUAAAUUUCUAACUAACAAUGAUAAAAAUAGCCUUAAUGAAUAGUAGAACAGAUUCAAAAGAACAACAAGAAAAAUUAAUUAAGAUUGCAACAACUGGUAUAUCUUCAUUAUUAUCACUCUCAAUUAGUGAAGAUUUUACGAAUGCCUUGUUUGAUUUUGCGAAAUAUUUUUUAAAUGAAAAAUACAAUGAAUUGUAGUUCCCUAUAUAAACUUAUCAGAUUUAUUAUUUCUUCUUUCUGUUGAAAGGGAGCAUAAUUAAAAACAUUUAAUGCAAAAAGCCUAUAAAUGAUUUAAUAGCAAGUCUUUAGAUUGGGUAUGAAUAGUAUGUAAAAAACUCAGAUAAUUGGAUUGUGCAUUUUUGUUGGAUAAAUUCUUUUUCUGAUUUGAUUUCACAUAGAUUAAUCAUAUCAAAAACUGAAUCUUUUAAAGGAAUAGAUAUUAUUAAACAAAAAUAAUUAUGGAACCAAUUGAUAACAUAAAAUUUUAUUUAAGUUUUAUCCUAUGAUAAAUCACUUGCAUUAGUGAAUAAUAAUAUUUCAUCUUAAUAAAUUGAUUAAGAAUCAGUAUAAAUUUUAAAUAAUUUUGGAUUUUCAAAAUUAAUAUUAUUACAAUAAGUACUUUUAAGUCAAAAAUUUUGCAAUAAACAAAAUUUUUUUUAAUUUUAUAAUGAUUUUAAAUUUGGAAAAUAAAAUUCGUCACAGGAAAAUACAGGUUAGCAAAAUUAAAUAUUGGAAGUUGAUGAAUAAAUGAAAAAACUUUAACUUAUAAAUCCGCUUUUAAAAGGCUUCUUGGAAGCAAUAAAAGAAUAAUAGUUAGGUUUUACAAAUUCAUUUAUUUUACUGAUAGAGUACGAAAAUUAAAAUUUUUUGGAAUAUCAAUUAAAUAUUGAUAAAUUCAAAGAAUCAAAAUAAGAGUUAAAUCAAACUCUAGUAAAAUUUUCGUAUUUGCUAUUUGAAAUAGAUUUUAUUAUCAAAAUUGAAAAAAAGAGAAUAGAUAUUUGUCAAGAUUAUUUAUUUAAAUUAUUGAUUAAAGAUAAAAAUAAAUAAAAAGAUAUGAUAUAAGAAAAUGCAAGAGAAAUAGACAGCAUUUAAUAGGAUUGGAUUAGCUACCUAAAAAAUAUUCCUGCACAUUUUAUUGAAACAUUUUGCUAAAUGAUUAGAUUUGAGAGAAUAAUUUAAAAUUCAUCCUCUUCUAAUAAAAAUUAACUUGAAUAAAUUAAAAUAUAAAUUCAGGAUGAUUAAAAAACUUCAUUUUUACACAAGGCUUCAAUCAUUUUAGAAAAGUUUAUAGAAAAGCUAAAUGUUUAGCAAUUAAAACUAUAAAACUUUUGGAAAAUAAAUAGUAAAUUUGUAAUGGAACAAAAUGAAAUAGAAAUUGAUCAAAAAAUAAUUGAUUUUAUUUUACAACUUAUUCAUUUAGAUACAAUAUAAUUUAUAAAUCUUGAAGAUAUAAUAAUAUUUUCAACAAAUUUGAAGAAAUAGUUGAAUACAUUGGAAGAUUUAUAAAUUUUUGAUGAGAAGAUUUAAAACAAUAUCAAAAUAAUUCGAAUAUACAAAGCUUAACUUAUUCAUAAAGUUUAUAUUUUUUCUAGAUUAGAGUUCAAUUUGAAAUUAAAAAUAAAUGAAACUUAAAAUAGUAGCACACAGAUUGAUUUAUAAACCAAUAGUUCAUCAUUAAAUUUAAAAAAUUUAAUUGAACAAUAAUAAAUUGAAAUUCUUAAAUUAUUAGAAGAUUAUUCUAAAGAUAAAACAGUUAUUGAAAAACUUUUCCAUAUUGCUAUAACAACAAGAGAUUAAAUUAUAAAAAGAUUUAGUCAAAAAUAGAAUGAAUAAGUAAAUUUAGCAUUACUUUUUUAAAUUUAACUUUAUAAUUUUCUUUAUAAAUUUAAAUUGUCCUCUCAAAAUGAUAUUAAUUAAUUAAAACAAGAGAUAGUGGAAUGUUACAAUUAAUUUAAAAAAGGAAAAUAGAAUUAAUUUGAUCAAAAAGAGCUUUCGUAGGAAAAAUAAAAUUUCUAUGAUGAAGAUCUCAAGGAAUUUUAAAAAUUGCUGUUAUAAUAAAUAAAAGAAUGGAAUUAAUAAAUAGAAAAAAUAUCAAAUUUGUUAAAAAAAUUAGAAGUGGUAUCUCAAUUUGUUGAUUCAAAUUUUUUAGGUUUAAUAUAUUAAAAAGAACAAACUUUUAAUAAAAUUUUAGAUAAUUUUAAUGAAAUAAUUCAGGAACUAAUAAUUUAAUAAGAGUUACAUAAAAUUUUUGAGGAAUUUAUAAUGGAUAUUUAAAAUAAAAGUAAAACUUAAAUUUUUGAAUUAAAAUUGAAAAAAAUAUUCUAGCCAAAUGAUUUUGCUACUAUAUUUUGUUACGAUUAUGUAUCUCCUGACUAAAAUUUAGAGACUGAAAAAGAUUAUUAAGAAAUAUUAGAUAGCUUAGGAUAAGAUUUAAUUGUAAACAGAAAAUUUUAUGAUUUGAGUAAGGAUUAUAUUGUUAGAGAAUGCUUAUUAUUUAAUUUAAUCAAAAUUUAAUCUUAAGUUCAUGAAAAAGAAUUAAAAUAAAUUUGUUAAGAAUAAAUAAAAUAAAUAUGGAUAAUAGAAAAAGAUUAAAGUGUAAGAGCUUUACUUAAAAAUAAAGAAAUGGUGGAAAUGUAAAAAAUAUUAUUUUCUCAUGAUCUUAAAUCAUUUUCUACAAGUAUUAAAGAGGAAAUGAAUUAAAAAUUAAAAGAUAUGAAAGCUAUUGAGUAAUAAAUUCGUUUUGAGGGUAAUUAAUCUAAUAAGGAAAUGUUAGAGAAACAAUUAACAAUAAAAUAUGAGGAAUUUGAUGAGUAUUUAAAUAAUAUAUCAGAUAUGUCUUAGUAAUUAGAUAUAACUUUGAUUUUUCUUAAAGAAAUGUAUAAAAAUCUUAAUUUAAUAAAACAAAAAAUAGAUGAUCUUUAAGAAUCAAUAAAUAGCAUUGGUAAUGAUGUGAGAAAGCUGAGAGGAAAGACGUAUUUAGAAUUAUUUAAAAUUAGAAAAGAAAAAGUCCUAAAAUAAUCUUAUCUUUUUGAUCUUGAUUCAAUAUNAGAGAUAGUGGAAUGUUACAAUUAAUUUAAAAAAGGAAAAUAGAAUUAAUUUGAUCAAAAAGAGCUUUCGUAGGAAAAAUAAAAUUUCUAUGAUGAAGAUCUCAAGGAAUUUUAAAAAUUGCUGUUAUAAUAAAUAAAAGAAUGGAAUUAAUAAAUAGAAAAAAUAUCAAAUUUGUUAAAAAAAUUAGAAGUGGUAUCUCAAUUUGUUGAUUCAAAUUUUUUAGGUUUAAUAUAUUAAAAAGAACAAACUUUUAAUAAAAUUUUAGAUAAUUUUAAUGAAAUAAUUCAGGAACUAAUAAUUUAAUAAGAGUUACAUAAAAUUUUUGAGGAAUUUAUAAUGGAUAUUUAAAAUAAAAGUAAAACUUAAAUUUUUGAAUUAAAAUUGAAAAAAAUAUUCUAGCCAAAUGAUUUUGCUACUAUAUUUUGUUACGAUUAUGUAUCUCCUGACUAAAAUUUAGAGACUGAAAAAGAUUAUUAAGAAAUAUUAGAUAGCUUAGGAUAAGAUUUAAUUGUAAACAGAAAAUUUUAUGAUUUGAGUAAGGAUUAUAUUGUUAGAGAAUGCUUAUUAUUUAAUUUAAUCAAAAUUUAAUCUUAAGUUCAUGAAAAAGAAUUAAAAUAAAUUUGUUAAGAAUAAAUAAAAUAAAUAUGGAUAAUAGAAAAAGAUUAAAGUGUAAGAGCUUUACUUAAAAAUAAAGAAAUGGUGGAAAUGUAAAAAAUAUUAUUUUCUCAUGAUCUUAAAUCAUUUUCUACAAGUAUUAAAGAGGAAAUGAAUUAAAAAUUAAAAGAUAUGAAAGCUAUUGAGUAAUAAAUUCGUUUUGAGGGUAAUUAAUCUAAUAAGGAAAUGUUAGAGAAACAAUUAACAAUAAAAUAUGAGGAAUUUGAUGAGUAUUUAAAUAAUAUAUCAGAUAUGUCUUAGUAAUUAGAUAUAACUUUGAUUUUUCUUAAAGAAAUGUAUAAAAAUCUUAAUUUAAUAAAACAAAAAAUAGAUGAUCUUUAAGAAUCAAUAAAUAGCAUUGGUAAUGAUGUGAGAAAGCUGAGAGGAAAGACGUAUUUAGAAUUAUUUAAAAUUAGAAAAGAAAAAGUCCUAAAAUAAUCUUAUCUUUUUGAUCUUGAUUCAAUAUACAUUCCUUUGAAAACAAAAGAAAUCAAUCCAAUUACAGGAUAAAAUUAAGAAACCAAUUCAGGUUCUUCAUUUUCUAAUUUACUUGUAGAUGGAAUAAAAUAAAACAUUUAAGAUGAGGAAAAAACAGAAGGAGAAGUUAAUUAAUUUAUCUAUGAAGAAGGAAAUAAAGAUGUUAUGUUAAUAAAAGGUUAAGCAGGAUCUGGUAAAAGCAGAGCUGCUAGAAAAAUUGAAUAAUAUUUAUGGGAAUAAAAUAAGGAUGAAAAAGAUUGGAUUCCAUUAUAUAUAUCCUUACCUUAAUUAAAAAAUCCAAAAUUUAAUUUACUAGAUUAAGCACUUGAAUCUGAAAAUUAUGGAUUUGAUAAAUUCUAGUUGAAAGAUUUUAAAGAAGCUAUAUAAAAUUAAAAAAUUAGAAUAGUAAUGAUUCUCGAUAGCUAUGAUGAGAUGAAAUAAGAUUGCAUUUAAUCUAAUUUAAUAUCAACCAAUAGAUUUAUAUAAGAUUUUGCUCUAAGUUCAAAAAAUGAAAUAAGAUAUGUUAAAUUUGUAAUAACUUCAAGAUUAGAAAUUUUGACUAGUUUAGGAUAUUAAACAUGGUUUUUGGGAGAAAGUAUACAUUCUUUUAAAGAGGUAGAAAUUCUGAAUUUCAAUUAAGAUUAAAGUGAAAGUUAUCUUUACAACUAUGUUAAAUUGAGUAUUAAAAGACGAAUUAAAUAUUUAUAUGAUUUAGUUAAAUAAAUAAAAUAAGAGUAAUUUGAAGUUUUAGAAUUUCUAGAAAUUUGGAAGAAAAUAAACGAUUAGAUUUUAAAUAAAGGCAAAGAUGUAGAUGAUGAUAGUAGUUAAUUACUUUAUGAUAGUGAAAUAGAAAAUAUUUUAUAGCUAUUAAAAAAAUGUUCAGCAUUUCAAUUUGUAUAAGAAGAUUAAUUAAUUAUUUUAAAAAAAGAACUUAAAGCUUUAUGGAGUGUUAAUUUAUAUAAAUAAACUAUUUAAAAUUUAAAAAUUUAACAUUUUUUACAAACACCAUUUAUGCUAGAGAUAGUGGUACAGACACUUCCAAGUCUUUCUAAAAAAUAUAAAGGUUCUAAUGAUAUUAAAGAAAUUUUUUAGAAAAACUUCCUAUUAUUAAAAAAAUAAGAUAAUCUUUCAAAAAAGCAAUUGAAAAAAUAUUCUUUUAAAAACAAAAUAAAAGAAGAGAUUUAAAUAACAUAAUAACAAAUUUAAAAAGAAUAAUUAGAAAUUGAAGAAGAGAAUCAAUAAAAUUUGAAAAGUCUCUAACUAAUUCUUGAACAAUUAGAGGAUUAGCGAUUUUUUGAGAGUUAUUCAAUUACAGAUAUAAAAAUAGCUGAAAACUAAAUAAAAAAUUUAAAACAGAAUGAUGAUUUGAAAUUUAUUAUACCAGCAUUAUAGAUGUAGAUAUUUACAGUUUAUGAGUUUUAUUAGAAUUUUAUAGAAUUUUAUCAUGAUUAAUAGAUUUAGAAGCUAAGAUAAUUAGGAAAAGUUGAGAAUAUUGAUAGUUUUACAAUAGAUAUUAUUUAGUUUUCAGAAUCUUUAGCUUUGGAAAUGACAAUGAAAUAAUUAACAUAAGUUAAUUAUUAAUAAAAAGGUAGAUUGAAAUUAAAAAAUCAUUAUUUUGAUAAAAAUGAUGAAGAUAAUUGGAAAAUGUAAUAUUUUGAUAAUUUAGAAGAUGAUUAUGUAAAAUUAGUUCGAAGUUCUGCAUUGAUUACUUUGAAAGGCAAUAGCUAUUCAUUUAAUCAUAAAUCUUUAUAAGAAUUUUAUGUAGCUAAACACAUAAACAAUUUAAUUGAAAAACUUGAAUUAAGAAAUAAUAAUUUGAGUGAUGAAAGUAAGAUUUAUUUUUAGAAAUCCAUUUUUAAUGAGAAUUAAUUUAAUAUCUCUUAAGAAAAUUAUGCUGGAACUUUAAGUAUCUUAAAACAAAAACUAAAAAUUGAUAAUGAUAUAAAUAAUAAAUUAAUUUCUAUGGCUAAAUUAGGAAACAAUAAGUCAUUUAAAAAUGCUUCAUCAAAUAGUUUUUGUUUAUUAAGUCAUUUAUAAAUUUAUUUAGGAGAGCAAGAUUUUUCAGAAAUAGAAAUAGAAAAAACAACUCUUAGAGGAUUAUCUUUUUAUAAAAGUAAUUUUAAGAAUUCAAUUCUUAAAGAUGUUUUUAUUGAUUCUUGUUUAUUUGAUGAAGCUGAUUUGGAAAAUGCAAAAUGGAUGAAUGUAAUAUGUUCAGAAAAACCGACUUUAAAAGGGCACAAAGGUAACAUUACUAUAAUUUAAUAUUUGAAUAAUAAUAAAUAUAUAAUAACUGGAGAUUCUGAAAAAAUUGUUAUAUUUUGGGAUGUUAAUACAUAUGAUAAAGUAAAAGAAAUUAAUGAUAUUUCUGGUGUACCUAAAUUAAUAGCCUUAUUAGCUGAUGAUUCAAUGUUAUUUAUAGCUGAGGAUACAAAUAUAAUUGAAUCUUGGUUAAUAAAUGAUAUAAAUAAUAUUAGGAAAUCAGAACAUAUUAUUCAUAAAAAUAUUAGUAUAAUAUAAUUACAAAUAUAUUAAAAUGAAAAUUAAUUAAUGGUUAUUGAUUCAAAUGGUAUACUUUAAUGUUGGGAUAUUAAUUUGAUUAAAAUGUAUUCUAACCAAAAAGAUGGGUUUAUUCUAUAAUGCUCUACAAAAAUUAAGUUUAUAGAAUUUUUUUCAAAUGGUAAUAUGUUGGCAUCAGGUACUGAAAAUUAACAAAUUAUACUUUGGAAUGUAGAAUAAUAAAAUAAAAUAGCUGUUAUAAAUGUAUUAUUUCCGAUUAACUAAUUAGCAAUAAAUAAAUCAUCUUCAUUUCUCUAUUGUAUUUCUGAUCAGUAAAAUUUAGCUAUUUGGAACAUUUAAAAUAUUCAUUAACCUGAAUUAAUUUUAAAUUCCACUAAAUAUGAUAUUUAAAAUAUAUUAUUAACUCCUGAUGAUAAAGCAAUAAUAUAUUGUAGUCAUUUUGAUUUAUUAAUGUAAAAUACUAAUGAUAUCUGCAAUUAAGAAGAAUAUUAUUAAAUAAAUAAUUGCACUUGUAUUGCUUUUUCUCCAGAUAAUAAUUUAGUUGCUUCGGUAAUUAAUGAAUAAUUAUUAUUAUGGGAUUUAUAGACAUAAAUAAUAAUAAACUAUAUAGAACAUAAUGAUUCAAUAAUAUUAAGUUUAAUAUUUAUUUGUAAAGGAUAAAAAUUAUUAAGUGGACAUUAUCCUCGUAUUUUAAAACUUUGGUCAAUAGAGAAAUGUGAAUUAAUUACUAUUAUUUAUGAUUGUAAUUUUGAAAGUUAUAAAUUUUCUGUAUCCUAUAAUUCUGAUUUGAUAACUUUACCUUAUUAUGAUGAAAAAGAAUAAAUAGCAAUAAAAAAGUUAAAUCCAAUUAAAUCUAAAAAUUUAGAUAUAAGCUUAGAAAAUAGUACAUGUUAAUCUGUUUCAUUUGAUGAUUAAUUUAUUCUAUCAUAUAGUAUUAUUCUGAAUAUUAAAAAUGAAGAACCUAUUUAAUUUGAAAACCAUGAGAAUCAAUUUCUUAUAGGUUAAUUUUCACAAUAUUCUCCUUUAUUUGCAAGUUUUAGUAAGGAUUAUAAAAUUCGAAUAUGGGCUUAUUCAGGAGUAAUCUUUAAUUAAUAAAUUGAAAGUAAAUUAGAUGAUAAAAUUUGUAAUCUGGCAUUUUCUUUUAAUGAUAAAUAUUUGGCUUUUGUAAUAGAAGGAAAUAAAUUUAUAUAUAUAUGGGAAUUUGGCUAAUAAAAAUGGUAUAAAUUAUAAGAAUCUAUAGAUAUUAAUUCAGAUAUCUGUUUCUCUUUUGAUAAUUAAAAAUUAGUAUUUUAUAACAAUAAUGAAAUAAAAAUUUGGACAUUCUCCUCUGAUAACCUCGUCCUUAUGUUUAAAGAUGAUGAUUCAUCAAUAUAAGCUAUUGCUUCUUCACCUAUAUUAAAUUUAUUUGCUACAUCAUCCAACUUUAAAGAAUUGUAUAUUAAAUUUUGGGAUUUUGAAACUAGAUAAUUAUUACAUAAAAUAUCAAUAGAUAAAUAAAUAACUUUUUUAGUUUUCUCACAUGAUGGAAAUUAUUUUAUUAGUGCUGAAAAUAAAAUUAAAUUAUGGGAUUUAACUAAUUUUCCUUAAAUUAAGUUAAUAGCUCAUUCACAUCCUUAAUAAUUAGAUAUACAUCAUAUUUUUUUUUUGCAUAAAACCUAAGGAAUUAUAAUUUAACCCUGGAAUUAUUGUAUGAAUAUUCUUGAAUUUAGUGAUUUUGAAUAUUUAGGCCUUUUAGAAUAAUCAGAAGGAUUAAAUACAAAAUGUGAUUUUUCUGAUGAUUCUAAACAUAUUGUUGGUGGGAUAGAUUAAUAAGUUGUUAUAUGGAAUAUUCAAUUUAAUUAUGAGAUUGAAUUUAAAUUUAUAUUUUCAGAUAAAAUUAAAUCAGUCAAAUAUUGUUAAAAUUAAUCAAGACUUUUGAUAGCUUUAACCUCUGUAUUAUAUUUAUUGGAUAUAAAAUCAGAUAGUAGGAUUGAAAUAAGAUAAAAUUUUGAGAGUCUAGAAUUUGCUUCAACUUUUUUUGAUGAUCAAUACAUAUAUACAAUAUAACAAAAAUAAUUGAAGGUUUGGAAAUUGGCUCAUGAAGAUCAAGUAAGUUUGAUUGAUAUUUAUUAAAUUGAUAACAACUACGUUAUUUAAUAAAUAGGAAAAUAUAUGGCAACUUAUAACUAUUCUAAAAAAUCAAUGAUUAUAUACAAUAUCUAAUUAAAUAGCAAAUUUAAAUUCAUCAAUUAAUAACAUGAAUAUAUUGAUAGAAUAAAAAUAUCAAAUGAUUAAAGAUAUAUCUUAUAUGGGAACAAUAGCAAUUGCAUAUUAUUAGAUUUUGAAUCAAAUGUUAUUAUUGAGGAAUUUCAUUAAAUUGAUGUAAUAGAGUUUUGUCCUGAUAAUUGUAAUUUAAUUUUAAUAAGGAAUGAUGAAAUGAUAAUUUAAAAUAUCAAUGAUAAAAAUCUACAGAAAAAAUAUCGUUUUAACAAAAAAUAGUUUCCAUCAAUUUGCUUACUAUUUUCUAACAAUAAUAAGAAUUUAAUUUUAGCAAGUUAAAAUAAUAUUCAUCUCUAUAAUAUAGAAGAUAUAUUUAAAGCUUAAUUUAUAUUAGAAUUUGAGUCUUUCAAAUAUGGGAAUAAUUUACAUAAAGCAUCACCUAAAUAUUUGGCUUCAAUAAUAAAUGAGAAAUAAAUUAAAUUGUCAGAUAUGAUUAAUAGAAAAUUGAUCAGAUAAUAAUAUAUAAGUUACAAUAAUAUUACAAAUGCAAUUAUCUUUUUUAAUAAUUAGAAAAUAGCUUAUAAUUCGAAUUCUUUUAUUGAUGUGAAAACUUUUUCUAAUAAUUAAAAUGUAUUUAUUCAUCAAUUAUAAUCAGAGGAAACAAUAUUUGCAGUUUCAAAUAAUCAAAAAUAUUGUGUAUUUUCUGACUAAAAUUCAAUAUAUGUUUGUGAGUAAGAUUCAAAUAGUGAAGAAUUGUUAAUAUAAUCAUUUAACUAAUUAGAUGAAGAAAUUACUUUUUAUAAUUUAUCUUUUUCUUCAGAUACAAAAUUCUUAAUAGGAUGUGGAAGUAAUAAAAUAAUUUAUAUUUGGGAUUUUAAAGCAAGAAAAGUCAUAGCUAAAUUUCAAGGGCAUUCAGAUAACAUUAAUGUAGCCUAAAUAUCCUCAGAUAAUUCAACAUUAGCAUCUGGUAGUAAUGAUAAAUUAAUAAGAUUAUGGAAUUUAUAAGUAGAUUUUAAUAGGAUUACUUCAGAAGGACAUAAAGAAAUAAUAAAUCAUCUAUAAUUUUCAGCAGAUAGUUUAAUUUUAUAUUCUGCAAGCUAAGAUUAAACUUUUAAGACAUGGGAUAUGCAAAAAAAAAUGUUCCUAUCUUCUAAAGAAUUUGAUCGCAAUCCAUCAUCUUUCUCUAUUUCUUAAAAAAAUUAAGAAAAAAUUUUUAUAACAUAAGUUUAUGUUGUUUAACUAUGGUAAAUUUAAUAAUCUUAAACUAUGUAUAAGUCUAAUUUUGAAAUAUAUCCAAAUACAUGCUAUUCUGAAAAUUUUUUUCUAAAAGCAAAACUCAAAUAAAUUUAAUUUUUAUCAAAUGAAGAUAUAUUAAUAACUUUAUCAAUAAAUGAUUAUGAAGAAGAUGAAAGAAAAGAAUAAUUUUCAAUCGUUGAAAUAUGGGAUACAAAAUAAAAAUAACCAGAAAAAAAAUUUUAUUAAUAUGCUUAAAUUUAAAUAUAGCAAUACUAAAUAUCAGUUGAUGGUAAAUAUAUCUGUUCUUUAGACUAAUAAAAUGAAUUAACUCUAGGUCAUGAUUAAAAUAAUGGAAAAUAUCAAAAAGUUGAAUAAUUAAAAUAAUAUCAUGAAAAUAAGAUUAUAAAUUUUGCUUUUUCAAAUAAUUGUAAGAUAUUGUCUUCCUUUGAUAAAGAUUAUAUUAUUUUUAGAAAUUUAGAGGAUGAUUAAUUAAUAUGUAAAUUAUAAAUGGAUAUUGAACCAGAAUUAUUUUUCUAAUUUUUUACAAAUGAUGAUAAAUACUAUUGCAUGCAUUCAUAAAAUAAAAUCUUUUUAUGGAAUAUUGAUCAUUUGAUUAAAGAUUAUUAGAAAUUUGAAAUUUCUGAAAUAAAAUUAGAAUAAGAAAUUUUGUAUAUUUAAUGUUUCACUAUUUCUAAUAAUCUUAAGCAAUUAAUAAUUGGAAUUAAUAAUAAUUAAAAAAGAUUUACUUUAAGAGUGAUAGAUAUCAAAUAAGAUAAGUAACUACAAAACAUUGAUUAAAAUAGCUAAUUAAAUUAAUUAUAAUUUUCUGAUGAUGAUUUGCUUUUGGGAGUAGUUAAUGAACUUAAUGAAAUUAUAAUUUAUGAUACAGAAUAAUAUGUAUUAAAAAAUGUUUUAAAAUGUCAUCAAAAUUAGAUAAUCAUGAUAAAAUUCUUUUUCGAAGUAAAAACUGAAAUGGUUGAAAACAGUAAUUAAAAUUAAUAAAAUAACUAAGAGGAAAAACUUAUAAGAAAUGUAGGUAUUGCAUCAUUUGAUAAAAAUUAUACUCUUGUAAUAAAUAGUUUAGAAGAAUAAAUUAUUUAAAAAUAAUCAAUAUAGUUAUAAACUACAGAAAAAGGAGAAAUUUUAUAAAUAUUUAUGGGAAAUAGUUGGGAAAAACUUGGUUUGAUUACUUAGAAUGAUUAAAAUGAUUGUAUAUUGAGAAUUUUUACUUGGUAAUUCGAUUCAUAUUAAUAAAAGAAUAUUAAAUAUUGUACAAUUGUCUAUUAUGAUGAUGAUGAUCAUUAUUUACUUUAUGGUACUAUGAAUGCAAAAUUAAUUGCAAUAUAAUUGGAAGAUUAUGAGAGUUAUUCUAGAGAUGGUAAAGAAAUUUUCAAUAAUUUAAAAUCUGAAAAACCAUUUAAUUAUUUAGAAAUGAAUAAACAGAAUUCAGUACUUUAUGCAGGUAAUGAAGAAGAAAUUAUAUGUUUCCAAUUUUUUAUAGUUAACAAUUAAAUUCAAUUAAUAUAACUCAAAAUAAUAGAUAUCAAUAAUUUGAAAAUUUCAAAAAUUAUGUUAAGAAAAGAAUCAUAAAUUUAUUGUUUAGGAAAUAAUAAAAUUUAUAAUUUAAAUUUUUCAAAUUCAAUAGGAAAACUUAAAUCUUGUCUAACUCAUUAGGAUUAUUCAAAUUUUUUUUAUUUUGAUGAUGGUAAAAAUUUUUAAUUUUAAAAUUGCAGCUUUUCUUCUGAUUUUUAAUUAUGCGGAAGUUGUGUAUCUAAAUGGAAAAUUCAUCAAUUAUCUAAUUAGAUUAAAAAAUAAGAAUAUGAAUAAUUAUCUUUUAUAAUUCUUUGGAAUUUAAAAACUUUGAAAUACAGAGUGUUGAAUAAGCCUCCAACAAAAUCAUAUUUUGAGGAAAGUAUAAUUUAUCACAAAUUUAAUGAUGUAGUAGUGUUUUUUCCUAAGUAAAAGACAUUUAUUUCAACUGAAGUAGAUUAAAUGAUAUUUUGGGAUUUUUAAGAUUUUGAUUCUAAAGAUCUUGAUUUAAUUACACAAAUAACAACUUUAAAUCAUUUCAAGAGAAUUAUAAAUUUGAUGAUCUCAAAAGAUGAAAAAUGGUUAUCUUCUAUUUGUGAUAUUGGUAUUUUCAAUCUUUGGAAUAUCAGUAAUUUAUAGAAAAUAUAUUUAAAAAGUGUUUUUUCCUUUUAUUAAGAUAUAAAUGGAUUUAAAUUUACAAAUGAUACAUUUUGUUAUAGUUUGAUACCUCCAAUUCAGAAAUUUAAUAAUUAAAAUUAAAAUAAUGGUUGUUCUAAAAAAUAAAAUUUUAUUGUAGAAGAAAUUGAUCUAAAAAUAUGUUCAGAUAAAGCAACAUAUAUACCUUAUUCUUAAAAUAUAAAUUUUUCAAUUAUGUCUAAUUUUAGUGUUAUUGCAUUUAGUGGAAUAAAUUUAUAACUUUGGAAUUAUAAGACAAAUGAAAAAUUAAUUAUUUUAGACGAUAAUGAAAACCAAAGCUAUAAUUAAGUAGUUUUUGGAUAUAAUAAUAAUCUAUUAGCAGUUGUAGUAAAUUGUGAUAUUCUUUUAUUUAAUAUAUAAGUAGAUCCUUUAUAAGCUAGUGAAUUUAAAAAGUUAGAAGGCCAUGAAGAUAUUAUUGAAUGUAUUUAAAUAUUGCAUGAUGAUUCAAUCAUUAUAUCUAGUUCAAAAGAUAAUACUAUUAGAUUUUGGAGUCUGAUAUCGUUUAUAUAAAUAGCUUAAUUAGACGAUUUAAUUGAACCUAUUUCAAAAAUAGCCAUUUCUCCAAAUUGUAUUGAUAUGGCAAUUGCUAUGUCGGAUGGAUCUAUUAAACUCUAUAAACUUUAAUUUCCAAAAAAUAUCCAUUAUUAAAAUUCUAAUUAAAAUAAUAAUUAACAAAACUAUGUCUCAUGUUAUAAAAUCUUUGGAAGAUAUAAUCUAAUAUCUGCUAAGAAUUGCAUUCUAAAAAAUACAACCAUAGAAUAAGAUAAAAAGAAUUUGGAAACAUUAUUCAUCCAGAAAGCAGCUAUCAAAUUAAACAAUUGA